UUUUUUCUACAAUGGUCUUCCUUUAAAUAGCAACGUUCUUCUGUUUCUGGGCUCGGCGGCUACGAGGGGUUUAUCGUUUACACAACCAUACCAGCUGAAAUAGGGUUUACCAGAAAACAAAACACACCGACGUAAUGAAAGCCUUAACCUCCAAACAGGUUUUGCAGGAGAAUCACACCUCUGAUCCUAACGCCGUUACAUCUUUUACCUUCACCCACAGAGCUCUAUCGGAUGUUUCGUGCUUGGCUGAAUUCAGGAAAUUGGAGAAACUGGACCUCACCUUUAACAAUCUGUCGUCUCUUGAGGGUCUGAAGCCAUGUGUGAACCUGAAGUGGUUAUCAGUUAAGCAGAACAAGCUUCGAAGCUUAAAAGGGAUUGAAGGGUGUGUUCGUCUUACGGUACUUAAUGCUGGAAGCAACAUGCUUCAAUCAAUGGAGGAGGUCAGCAGUCUUGUGAGGCUACGUGCACUAAUCUUGAAUGACAAUGAGAUUGUUUCAAUUUGCAGGCUUGAUCAGAUGAACGAAUUAAAUACCAUAGUCCUUUCAAGGAAUCCAAUUUCUAAAAUUGGUGAAAGUCUAGGCAAGGCUAAUUCAAUCACAAAACUGUCUCUUUCAAACUGCAAAAUCCAAGAGAUAGAUUCUUCAAUCAAGUAUUGUAUGGAGUUGAGAGAGCUCAGGCUUGCACACAAUGAGAUCAGAGCUCUCCCUAGUGAGUUGGGUCGGAAUACAAAAAUCCAAAAUUUGGAUUUGGGAAACAACCUGAUCACGAGGUGGUCAGAUCUUAAGAUACUUUCUUCAUUCACAAACCUGAAAAACCUGAACCUAGUUGGGAAUCCGGUUGCAGAGAAGGAUGUGUUAACCAAAAAGAUAAAGAAUCUGGUCCCAAGCUUACACAUAUUCAACGGCAGACCAAUCGAUAAAGUCAUUAAGAACGCAACGGAGGAUAAUCAUUCAGUAGUUGAUGCGAAAACGGGACAAAAGAUGAAAAAACACAAGCAGCCAGAUAAGCCCACAAACAAAGACAAGGACGAAAAUACCCUUUCAACGGAUCCCAAAUCAAAGCGCAAAUCAAGGGACUCCAAGGACAAAUCCGUCAUUGACACCGGGGAUGCAGCGAAAGUACGUCAUGAUGAUGCUGAUGAGAUGGUGUACAUUGAUGCUACUGAGAAGAAAGAAAUUAGAAAUGAAAAGAGAGAGGAUGAUGAUGAUGAUGAUGUGGCGGUGGGAAAGAAAAAAAAGAAAGUUAAGAAGAGCAAAGCUAGCGGUUCUUUGGCGGUGCAGUUGUUGACCCCGGAGCCUGAAGUUGGGUUAGGCGGGCCCUCCGCAUGGGAUCUCUGAGUAUCAUUAUACACGUAUGUAUAAGGUUGGCUUACAUCUUUCAUUGAUUUUUUUUCUUCUACGUAUCGAUUCACUUUUUAAGUUGUAAAAUUAGUCUUGUCCUUCUGCAAAGCCUUUUUUUUCUAAUCCUGAGGCAUUCAGUCUUGGCCUUUGCUGGUUGUAAUGUUGUGUUUAGUUUUGCGGCUUCUUGAUUUUGGUGUAGUGUUUAUGAUUUCUUGCUCGAGUAAAUUGCAGGAAAUAGCAACAUAGUCUAAUGUACUUUAUUUUUUUUACUUAUAGCAGCAAUAUACUUGCAUUUCCUUACACAAA